CAUGUAUAUCGAGAUCAAGGUAUUGGUAAUGGAAAAUUCAUAAACCUGCAUAUGGACUCAUCAAUUAAAUUUUUCGGACUCAAACCUUCAACUCAUCCUUUCAACUUCAACCAAAAUGACUGGCGAAUCGUGUGUGGUGUAUGAAAACGAGGUGGGUGCGUGCCCCCAGUUCCUCGAGAAGAUCGUGAAGGAAACCCCGUUCCUCGAUAAGCUAAGUGUUAUAUCUCAAUCGCCGGUUGAGCUCGCAGAUUCAAAGACUUGGUCUAAAUUUGGUUUCAGAGAUUUGUUGCAACUCAUAGAAUCGAUCCCGGUCCAGGAGCACGUUUCGCUCAGAGCAAGCCCAAGCAUAGAACAGUUUGCUCCAUAUAACCAGCUCGUUUUCUCCAGUAUAGACGAUAGUAUCAAGAUUCAAUUGAACGAAUCCAGUUAUAAAAACGCAGGAUACUUUAAUAAGUCAAAUAGACUCAAGGUAAAGCAGAGGACUCCUUCCAAAAACUCCCCGCAUCUCUUUCCGACUUAUCAUAUUGUGUGUUGCAGAAGUGAACUCACUCCGGAUUGCAAACAACUCAUAUCAACUGUUUUCCAAAAUGUUAACUUGAAGGUGGUAACGCUUGAUUCGGAUUUCGAAUCUGCGUUACAUGCUGACUUUUCUCUUGAGCCUUCGUCGACCGAGAUAUCAUUGCUUAACGGUGCCAUUGAUUUGCUGUCCUUGGUGGACCCAAUCGCAAAUGAAGACUUGCACGAUUACUACGAGUUCAUCACUUUAGUCCAUUUGCAAUCAAUUCAAUUCACUGAAAAUUUGAAUUCGGCCAUCAGUAGUUAUGAGGCUCCAGCGACAGGAUCCGGUGCAAUGACUCGGCCGCAUCAUAUUUUACAAUCCAGAAACCUUAGUUCGAGCGUUGUCAGCCGGGUUUUCGACCAAUCGUGGUUAAGUAUUAGUUUAAAUUUUGAAAAUGCUCAUAUUUUAAUCUUGAAUACUGACAGCAAAAUAAUAAGCUGGAAAGUAAGUAUAAAAUAAAAAAAGAAAUCUUUUAUUAAAUGGGCAUAAAACUAAUUAUAUACAAGAAUAUGUAAUUCGUCACCUUUCUGGGAAAAAAUCAUCAAAUGCUAAUCUAUCAAAGUAAUCAUCAUUUACCCCUAGGGGUACUCCAUUUUCGAUAUCUACUGGGAAUGGUUGAUCCAAAUUUAAAGGAAUUUGAUCUCCUGAAG